AGUUUGACGCAAAACAUACUUUGCUACUCACCGGCAUCAUUUACUUAGCUUUAACCACAUAAACCAUCCGCUAAUUAGGUGUAAGGAAGACAUUUAGGCGCUGAAGUGUGAAGCUGGAAUGUAACGAGCCUUCUGUUUGGGAUUUUUUUUUUACUCUUGGAGUGACGAUUUUUCCCUCUUACCACAAGAUGAAGAAACCAAAGGAAAUAUUGGUUUAUUGCGUGAUGUUUUCUUUGUUGGUCCAAUAUGCGGAUUCCGUAACGUGCUACAGUUGCCACGACUGCGAUGAUGGAUAUCAAAGUCAGCCGACAGUGGAGUGUCUUGCUGGGUGCUUUAAGGAAACGAAUACACCAGUUGGAGAGAGGACGUCCAUUCACAGACGGUGCGCAGCCAGGCCUGGGAACAAAUGUGACCAUGCAAGCGGCACUACUGGGGAAUAUUACCAAUGUGUCUGCACUUCAGACUACUGCAACGCUGGGAACACAGCCAAGGCACACCUGGCGCUGAUAUGUGUUACGAUGACUUUUGUUUAUUCGUACAUGCUUCUGUGACGAGGUUUUUUAUAUGCAAGUUAUAAUCUAUAACAGCUAUGGUAAUUUAAUUUUAAUGAAACAUUAAGCGUAUAUAAUUUUCGAACCAUUCAUCUGGUCCAUUGGAUACACGGUUGACUUGUUUAACUCUCUGUGAUCGCCCUUCGUUUUUUUUUUUUUUUUUUUUUUUUUUUUUUUUUUUUUUUGCAACUAGUUGUGCACUGAUUAAUAUAUCACAAUUUGUUAACGCACUCGAUCAUAUUUCCCAGGCCUCGAAAUUUCAUAAUAAGCUCUGAUAGGAAAUUAAUUUACCAACAGACGCAUUUUUACACUAGCUUAUUGGCACAAGGUGGCCAA